AUGCAGACCGCUUGGCCAUUUCUUGGCCUGCUCCUUUCCAUCACGACCGCUGCGGCAGACUGUGUCGCAGCCCCCUCCUUGCUUGCCGUGAAGUCCGAGACUCAGGUGACGCAGUUGUCGAUCACCGAGGAUUUGCCAUUGAACCUCACUGGCUCUCAUGGAAACAGCACCAAUGGCACCAAUGGAACCAACAACAGCCUUGAGAAGAUCUUGGUUGGCAACUUGGCACAUGUUCUGAAGCAAGUGGACAGCUUGGGCGACAUGGAGAACGCUAGCAACCAGAGCGACGGGCAGCGGCGCCACGGUUUCGGCGACCUGGGCACGAACCUUGAGUUUCUGUUGCUGAAGGUCGCCCAAAUGGAGACGGCAGAGAUCGACGAACUGAGGGCCGAGGUCCGCGGCACGUCGACCGCGUCGAACACAACCACCAGCCUCCGUGAGCGCAGGGCGAAGGAGAAAGCCCAAGUGCUCGAGGCAAGCCGGGUCUUCAAGAAGGUGAUCCAGAAGCAUCAUCACCAGAGGCAGACUCGCGAAUACCUCACUCCGCACUCCAAAGACUCCAGGGCCAGCAAGGCCAGCAAGGCCGGCAAGGCAGCAGAGGGCGAAAAGGCAGCGCUCUUGGAACGGAGUGCUCGACAGAAGCAGGAGUCCAAGUCGAAGUCUGAGGCUUUGGAUGCCGUUGUGAGCUCGAAAUUCUUCGAGGACGUCGGAAGCGGCAUUGCGGAUGUGGCCGGAGGUGUGGCCGGUGCCGUCACGGAUGGCACAGGCUUGGUCGGUGACGCUUUGGGCGAUGCCUAUGAGGCAGCUGCAGACCAAGUGUCCUUCGUAGCCAAUACGGUCAUUGAUACCGUCGAAAUGGCCGUCACCAUCUUGCUGCGAGGCUUCACGGACUUUGGCGCCGGCUGCCCGGACUCCUCAUGGCCUUCCAUGGGCGUGGACUCCACGGGCUUCCGCAUCAACUGGGGCCGGCAGAAGUGCUACAUCAGGCUCAUGGGCCAAAGCAUCACGCUCUUCGAUUUCAAUUUCGGGAACACCAACGUCAACUGGCCGGAGCCCGUGAGGACCGUCGUCAGCCAUGGCCUGGCUCCAAUCCGUGCCAUCGUUGACAUCGGCCGUGAGGUGGCAGGCUGCGUCACGGCUGGGGGCGUCGGCGACGUUUUCGGCUGCUUCGGGAACAAGCUGCUGCAAGUGGUGCCGCCUCUCUCCUUCCUGACCCGGAUGGGCGACAUGCUCACCGAGUUUGUCGAGGUCUUUGCGCACUUGGCUGGCUCGGUCAUCAGCUCUGUCCUCUCGGACAGCCAGUCCCUGGUCCAAUCAGCCAUCAAGACCUCGUUCCCCGAAGUGGGGGCGCCAGCCCGUGUCCAUCACAGCACCAAGAAUUUGGUGGUGAAAACUCAUACCCAGCGCCACCCGGGAAGCAAGAGGAGCAAACUUCACCGUGGCGAUGCGGAGGCCCAGCUGCAACUGAACACCUCUCGUUCUCGUGGUGAUGAUGAUGACGACAGCGAUGGCGCCAUCAACUUCGAGAUCAGUGACAAUGGGGACAACUACGCCACGAAACUCAUCACUCAGUUCGGUGGCAAGGAGGUGGACACAAGUUCCUGCUUGGCCUUUGCACCCAAAACUCGCCGGGGAAGCAAUAGCAAGGUGACACAGCGAGACUGGCAGGUAGAGCAAGCGGAUCAGUUCAUUCAGUUGGAGCCAUGGGCGGUCCCCUGUGACAACUCUUGGAUGACGGACAACCCCGAGAAGUGGGAAGGCUACUCCUUCUACACCUGGGAGUCUGCCAUCGAGAAGUGCGUCACUGUUGGCUAUUCCAUGAGCACGCAACCCGUUUUGGCCUUCGUGGGCGGUUUGGAGUUUGACCUUCUCCCAGCUCCCUUGGCAGACCUGGAGACCACGGUCUGCCGGCCCGACAAGCAGCCAAGUGGAGUGGAUCUCAGCGUCCUGCGGACCGUCAUCAAGUCCUCCGGAGUCCAGCUCUUCAGUCGCACCAUGCGCCUCACGAAGCGCUUCGGCACGGGCACGGACUUCACCGACGCCAACACCUACUCGGCCCACGAAACGUGGAGAAAUCCUUUGGGGAAGGCCACGGGCACCCACGGCGCCGAGGACGACCGCUCCCUGGAGCCCAUCAACCGCACCGUGCAACCUGCGCAGCUGGUGCAGGAAUCCACAGAAGAGGCCUUGGCAUCUGCGUCUGAGGGAGACUUCAGUUUCAGGUGGUCCGAGGACGAGCUGCAGGUGGCUUCGAUGUUUUAUGACAGCUACCUGAGCACGAAUCUGUCGGAGCACCUCCGCGAUGCCAAGGCCAGGGAACAUUUGGACCUCAUGCAGACGAACGGGGACUUCGAGCUCUUCAGCUUCAGAAAUCCGGGUUUGGUCUCCUUCAACAUCAAGGGCGUCUUGACCGCCACUGAUGACUUGCAGCUGCUCAUGCAAGUCAGCUUCGGGCCUUUCACCUCGCCACUGAGGCGCGUCACCUUGGUGAACAUCGUGGAUCAGUUUCUGGGUUCUUGUUACGGAACUUAA